CGAGCCCCCGCUGCUGCUGCCGCUGCCGGCGGGGGGGAGGCGGCCGGCGCCAUGUGGCAGAGCAUCGGGCUGACCUUGCUGGUGAUCGUAGCCACCCUGGCCUGCGUGCUGCUCUUCAUGCUGUGCGGCUGGUACGUGGUCUGGCAAUUGUUUUUGUCUAAAUUCAAAUUCCUGAGAGAAUUAAUAGGCGAUACGGGGUCCCAACAGGGAGACAACGAGCCUUCAGAGACUGACGCUGAACAAGAGACUCCACCCUCCCCUCAGAGAGGUAGACAGAAAUCUGCUCGGCAGCGAAGGGCACCUACAGAAGACACAACUUAAAGUACUCCGUUGAACUUCUGACUAACUGAAUGGUUAAGCACCUCUGCACUGUGGUGUUCAGUGGUUUGAUCUUACUGAAAAACUGAUUUUAAGAGUUAAUAAAUACCUGUGGACCUUUACUUCUGAACUACCAAUGUAUGCUACUUUGGUAGAGGUUCAUGGAAGGCUUCAGCAGCAAGUCGUAGAAUACUGGAAGAAAGGAGGGGUGGAGAGAAAUCUCCAUCACAAAAAUGCUGAGCUGCUGUAGCUCCAAUCUCUGCACACAGAUUAAAAACAGGUCCUGGACCAUAGGCUUAGCCUUUGCAUUAGUGUGAAUAUAGUAAACAUUUCAGACUUGAAAUGGCUUCUAAAUUAUUUUUUUUCUUUACAGCACUAACUACAUAUAGUAAAAUUGAAUUUUAUUUCCUUAGCUAUAUAUGAAUAUAUAUUUUUUCUUCAGCCUUGAGAAUGCAUGUGAACUUGAAAAAUGGUUGAAAGAAUAUCCUGCUUUAGAAAGUAUUCUAAAGUGAGAUUUUUAGUUAUGUUCUUAUAUAUAUAAAGUAUAAAUGAAAUAUGAAAAAUCAAUAUUAGAUGCAUAUGAUUUGGAGGUUUUUAUUAUCUCCUUAAAAAAAAGGAGUCGGGUGGUAAGACCUGUUUUCUUGGUUUUGGCAUAAGAAGGGUUACAGGUUAAACAGUCCUGCUAGGUUUCUGUAUGUUUUUCCUGAACCUUUUACUCGAAGUCCAACUUGUGUUGGAGAGGGGAAGGUGCCUGGGUUAUGUACUCACUGGUUAGUAUUCUGAAGUGUCAUCUUUGGGUUUUGGAUACUAAGCACUUCUUGAGUUCACUUCGUACACCUUUGAAACAGGUAUAUGGUACCUGACAUAACUUAUUUCCUGGAACCAGUUAAGGCAUUCUGACCAAUUUGGUAGACAUCACUGUAACACUUUGAUAGUGUUAUAGCAAUGACUUUGGUACCUCAUGUUUGCUAGAGGACUUACUGAUUUUUACUGGUAAUAAGCAGUUGCUUCUGUUUUCUUUUAGAAUGAGUUAUACAGCUAUUUUAACAUUGCACUUCAGAACAAAGAGCUCCACUUCUCUUUAGCAACUCUGACGACUGAUAUACGAGAUCUUUGGAAAGAGGAGGAACAUGUAUGUACCACCUCUGAUGUGUGUAUGAGAGAAGUACCGACAGGUCUUGUCAUGAGCAGCUUCACUUUUCUCUCAAAGCUUGGAUAUGUGGUGGUGUUUGGAUCAUUGUUCCCUGUAUAAAAACUUAGAGGACUACAAAAUUGGUCUUGUACUUUUAGCUGUUAAGAAGUUUAAACCUUGACUUCCAAACUUGUGGUUUGAUUCAUUACAGGGCUAAAAGCAGUAACACCAUUUUCAUCAAGUAGGCCUACAUCUGGGAAAAGAGCACUCUUCUAGUGCCUUUAUUUUUUAAUUUGUCACCUGUGAAUACUGUUCAAAAGCUAAUGAGAGCAUUCACUUCAUAAAACGAUUUGGAUGUUUCAGUAUUAAAAUACAUAAUAUCAGCCCUGACCUUCCUCUGGAGUCUAACACUGGCAUGUAUGUAUAAGCAUGCUUUUUAUUACAGGGUUACAUUUUCAAGCAUGGUUGGGCAGUGCUAUGCCCAUAUCCUUUAAACACAUGUAGAAAUAUUGAUAGUCUCCUUCCUCUAUUCCUUUUUCAUUAGGGAAUGCAUAAUGAUGGUUUGGGUAUUAAUUAGUAAAAUUCCCAGUUACUUAGACUGAGCAAAAGCAAUCAUAUUCUAUUCCCUGCUGCUUUCAGUUUUUUGCCUUGUACAACUCAAUGUAACAAUAUUCUUGUGUCUGUAUGUCUUGUCACGUGAUGUGACUUUCAGUUUAGCAGUGCUGACUAAGUACUGGUACAGUUUUCUUACGAAGCGUCUUUAGCAUCUUGAGCUUUGCUAAUAUAGGCUUAUAAAUAGAGAUUAUUUUUUGUACUGAUGUAGGAUAUUGACACUCCACCGCACUUCACUUUUAUCUAGACUUCAGUGCACAGAAAAUGACAAAAGACUGAUGCUUGUAGUAUCCCUGGCUGAGAUAAGUGACAGUUAACUCAGUCUCUGCUUCUAGUAGCUGUGAAGAAGUGUGAAGUUACAGCAAUAUACAUAGCUAGUCAGGGUAGAUUUAAAGGUGCAAGAAUCAAGACUCUGUAGCAAGAUAAUGAAGGAAAAAUCCAUGUGGGUUUGAAUGCUGACACUGAUCAAAUAUGCAAUAAGAUGGACAUGGAACAUGUGGGUAGCUCAUCUGUUCUAGCCAAACAACUUCCUUCUCCCUUCCUUGCUGUAUGUAGGUGUACAUUUCACCCCCCAAAGUUAUUUUCAGGUUGGUUUUUUUUUUAAAUGGUUGAUGCUAUUUUUUAAUGUUGCUGUGACGUAGCUGCCAAUAAUGCUGUCUGCCUAGUGUAUACCUUUAAUGGUCUUACUAGUACCAGGCCAAAUGUUUAUAUUAUACAGUUUGGAAGAAUCUUGGAAUGCUGAUGUUUUCUGUCAAUGCAUAACUUUUCCUGAAGGAGUCUAGUAAAAUCUUUUGUACAGGACACUUCAUGUAAACCUGUAAAGGCAAAGCUUUUAUGUGUGAAAGCAUACUUGUGAUAAGACCUGGGUUGUGAUUGCUGGCAGUCCAAUAUACUCAAGUCUCUGAAUAUUUUUACCAGUAUACUUCUGAAAUGUUACUGGUGGGUAAGCACUUAACUUUGAUUUGACCCGUUCAAGUCUGAAACCUUAUGAACACAACAGGUUACACAGUUGGUCUUGUUUUGUUUAGUGGGAUCUAUUUUUAAAACUGUUCAUUGCCUUAUUGUUGCAGCCAUUCUCUUGAAUGUAUUUUGAGUACUUUUUUUACAUAGAUCACUUUUGUGCAGGGGCUGUGUAACUUUGAAUAAGCAGUAAUUACCUAUGUUGUGACAGUUAAUUGAAAACAGUUACUGCAAUGAAGGCUGGAACAAACAUGAUGUAGACUGGUGGAAAAAAUACAAAAGUUAUUGCUACAAUUUGAGUGGUGUAAAGAAUUUUGUUCAUGCUGAAUUGCGUAAUUCAGACCUGUUAGGGAGCCACUAAGGUUGUUAUCGUGGUGAUUUAAUGUUUGCCCAUGAGGCUAAUUCUAUGCAGCUCAUCCACUAAGCACUGCUACUGUAGCUGUUUGCAAUAAAUGCCAUAUACUGUGCUGCAAUUUGUGAGCAAUUUGCUGCUUGAUAUCAGGUUUUACACUGUAUUAGACCUGUGUAUGUACUUCUGUUUUGUUUGGAAAUGACCAGCAUAAAGAAUGUGUUUCAUGUGGACACUUGCUUCUUCAGUGUUACGAUACUGUACCUAAAGCUUCUGUGGUUGUCUGUUUUCAUCAUUAACUGUUCUUUCAACUGACUGCACAGAUGACAAAUAAAGUAACCAGACUUGAUA